UCCCCAGGAAAGGAGAAAUAAGCGAGAAUUGAGUCGAGACUAGGAAGCUUCAGUUUGAGGAAGACUUGGAUCUGUGAGCAGCUGAGUGAGGACGGAGGCAAGUUGGCUCAAGAGAAUUGAGUGAGGGUACAGAGGCAGAAGGCGCACCUAGUAAAGGUUGCUCCACCCCGCCCAGGAUCAGGCGAGGGGGAACCAGUUCAGCAGCUGCCAAGUGGCGCACAGCGCGGCCGCGAACACGGGAAGUGGAGUCCUGGGUGCGCGCUGCCGGGCGUUUGCUUCUCCCGCGCCCCAGCGACCUGCGUCCUCCCACUCGCACCCCUUCUCCACUUUUCCCCCCGUUUGCAAUCACAUGGCAUUUUAAGAAUGCUGGAAAGAUGGCGGUAGCGGCGGCGGCUGUGGUUGCGCCGGCUGGCGGGGGAGGCGGCCGGGCGCAGCGGAGUGGACUGCUGGAAGUUUUGGUGCGGGAUCGUUGGCAUAAAGUUCUGGUGAACUUGAGCGAGGACGCCCUGGUGUUGAGCUGCGAGGAGGGCGCUGCGGCGUACAACGGCAUAGGGACUGCCACCAAUGGCUCGUUCUGCAGGGGCUCCGGGACAGGGCACCCGGGUACUGGUGUCACUCAACCCCCGGACUCUCCGGCCGGGGUCCGCACAGCCUUCACCGACCUUCCGGAGCAGGUGCCUGAGUCCAUCUCGAACCAGAAGAGGGGCGUGAAGGUGCUGAAGCAGGAGCUGGGCGGGCUGGGCAUUAGCAUCAAAGGGGGCAAGGAAAAUAAGAUGCCCAUACUCAUCAGCAAGAUCUUCAAGGGGCUGGCAGCGGAUCAGACCCAAGCCCUGUAUGUGGGCGAUGCUAUCCUGUCGGUGAACGGAGCAGACUUGCGGGACGCCACCCACGAUGAAGCCGUGCAGGCGCUGAAGCGCGCAGGCAAGGAAGUACUGCUGGAAGUGAAGUACAUGAGAGAAGCCACGCCUUAUGUGAAGAAAGGAUCCCCUGUCUCUGAGAUUGGAUGGGAAACGCCGCCACCUGAGUCCCCUAGAUUAGGGGGCAGCUCCGCAGACCCUCCAUCAUCCCAGUCCUUCUCCUUCCAUAGAGACCGGAAAAGCAUCCCCCUCAAGAUGUGUUAUGUCACCCGAAGCAUGACCUUGGCUGACCCUGAAAACAGGCAGCUUGAAAUCCACUCUCCGGAUGCUAAGCACACAGUGAUCCUGAGGACAAAGGACUCCGCCACUGCCCAAGCCUGGUUCAGUGCCAUCCAUACCAACGUUAGUGACUUGCUGACACGAGUCAUUGCCGACGUCAGAGAACAGCUGGGGAAGACGGGCAUUGCUGGCAGUCGUGAGAUCAGACAUCUUGGCUGGUUGGCAGAAAAGGUGCCAGGAGAGAGCGAGAAGCAGUGGAAACCGGCCCUCGUUGUUCUGACUGAGAAAGAUCUUUUAAUCUACGACAGCAUGCCGCGAAGGAAGGAAGCCUGGUUCAACCCGGUGCAUUCAUAUCCACUUCUUGCUACCAGGCUCAUCCAUUCAGGUCCAGGGAAAGGUUCACCCCAGGCUGCCAUGGAUCUGUCCUUUGCAACGCGAACUGGCACCAAGCAAGGAAUUGAAACCCAUCUCUUCAGGGCGGAGAUCGGCAGGGACCUCUCCCACUGGACGAGGAGCAUUGUGCAGGGGUGCCACAACUCUGCUGAGCUUGUUACCGAAAUCACCACUGCCUGCACCUACAGAAACCAGGAAUGCCGCCUGACCAUACAUUAUGACAAUGGAUUUUCUAUUUCCACUGAGCCUCAGGAGGGUGCCUUUCCCAAGACAAUCAUACAGUCCCCUUAUGAGAAGCUCAAAAUGUCUUCGGACGACGGAAUCAGGAUGCUCUACUUAGACUUCGGCGGCAAAGAAGGGGAGAUUCAACUGGACCUUCACUCAUGCCCCAAGCCGAUCGUUUUCAUCAUCCAUUCCUUCCUGUCUGCCAAGAUUACAAGACUGGGCUUGGUGGCCUGAACCUCGCGAGGGGCGACUGCAGUGCCCCAGGAGGUGUGACAUCCGGCAGUGCAGCAAAUGGGCGCAUGCACGGCCGGCCGUCAGGUCUCAGGAGUCCCACGUAACAUCCCAGCCUCCUCUGUCAGUUCCAGGAACUACAAGGGACACCCUAAGGAAAACACCACAAGGGAUGUCAGAACAGAACCUCUUAGAGCAGAACAAGGUUGGGGGGGGCAAAUGAAUCUACACAGCACAUCUUCUGAAUAAUGACAACCAAGGACACGGCCAUUACAACAGCAUAUGCAGAUCUUAAUCACACCAGUUUCUAGGCAACUGGUUCACCCAGGUAAGCCAGGGCCGAGCAGAUGAGAAAUGGAGAGUUUCACCUACUCUUCUAUCUCCCCCCACCCCCUGCCCGGCAACACUGAUCCCUCGCUUCUUUGUGAUCUAUUUUCUGAUUCAAGUUGAGCUGACUUUCAUUGGUAGGCAAGAAGAGAGAAAAAGAAGGGGAGAAAUAAAAAGGAACCCGCCUUUUAUUUAAGAACGAAGCAUCUGUUACUUAAUUUUCUUAAUGAGUUCUCUCUCAGUUGGUAUCGAGUGACUCCAAAGCGUUCUCAUUAGCAUAGGCUGAGCAGAAAUGAAGUAAAGCAUUGGAUACUGACCUGAGCUCUAAGCUGGCAGGAUCUGAGCCAAAGUGGGCUGUGGCUGCUGCGAAGCUUUUCUGAGGAGUCGUACACACAUAUGAUGAUGAAUUCUGAAACUACACUUACACUGUGGAUGCUGUCUCAUAGCCACAAUUGGUACCCAUACUACAGAAAUCAAAUUCUGGGCAUUUUUUUAAAAAAAAAGAUUGCCAUAACACACACACACACACACACACACACACACACACACACACUGCUUGUCACAUAGUUGAUAUGUUUAACUGUCUGCAUUUCCCAGCUUUCAGUGGACACACCUUUCAGUGGUCCUUGUUUCUGCCUGGGCUCACAUAUGUGCAUUUCAAAGUAAGGGAGACUGUCUCUCAGCCUUGGUGAUGCUGUUUCAGACACACAGAACCAGAAGUAUCAUCAGAUCUACAGAUAGCACCUACAUUAAUUUUGGAAUUCCAGGGGAAUAAUGAAAUGACCUGAUAUUUUUCUACAAGCAUAUUUUGAGGCAGUAUCUGGCCUAGUAAGACUUAAUUUUUUUUUUAACCUUUUCAUUUUUAAUGGAGAUUACUUCACUAAAAACCACACCUAUUUGACUUUGGAGUUACUUUUUACAUGCCCCAAAAAUCAGCCAUAGAAUUUAUGAAUUUUUAGUUCUUUUGUCCUGUUAGCUUUACAGGACCACAUGCUCUAUGUUCUGCCUAUGUGUUGGGAGGGUCAGAGUUCAGCAGAUGCCUAUGCAAAGUGACACCUGCCUGAAGGCCUGUGGUUAAGAGCCUCAGAUUUGUGUCUUUAUUGAGUUGCAGCUGUAUUUUAAACCACCAUUUCCCCAGAGCACAUCCCAUAUAACAACACCAUCACCAAGGGACACGGAACAGUGUUCUCGCUGGGGAGGUGAUUUCAAAGCUUGGUGACAAAAGAUAUUGGCUAAGUAGCAACUUAAGACAUUUGAGGCCCUUGUUGGGGUUGCCAACUUCCUCAAAAAUCAUGGUCUUCAUUUAUCACAAUCUUCAAGCUGGGGGUGAGAGUUCCAUGCCUUGUACUUCUUUGUAAUGGGGCCUCUGUAGAGACAAUGCUUUGGGAAAUACCAUCACAGCACAUGGACUUUUGGCUGGUUUCGAAUCUUACAAUGUUGAGGAGUGAGGGCCAGCUUCAAUACUGUGGGAAAGCGCUGAUGCAUUUGUAAAUUAUAUUACACAGUUUCACACUAUAUAUUUUCAAAAAUCACUGGAAUGUUGUUAUACAAGAGAACUAUACUUAUGUAUUGUAAAUAACAUGAGACAUAUAUUAAUGCCAAUAGUUUCGUUCAACAAUAUGUAAUCUAAGGUGCUCGGUACUACAUGAAGUUUGAUUUAAUUACUCAAGUUGCAAAGAUUCUAUUAUAUAUUUAUAGACAAAUUAAAAUGGUCAUAAUUACAGACAUUGUUUCUUUAUUGCUUAAGUUUUAGAAUGAUUGAUAUCUGGGUAAGAGUCACCAAAAACUAUCUUCGCCAUUUUUAAAAUUUUAAUUUAAAUAUUUAUAUUUUAGGAAAAAUAUAUUUGAAUAAGAUCAAUGCAUUUUUCUGAAGCAAAUUAAAAUGUGUUAUUAGCAAGAAAUAGAAAACUUUACUAAGAGAACUGUGUCCAUGAAUGACUUUGUUCUCCUAAUUAAAGUAUAUUGUAUCAGAGUGGCUAUGAGGAGUCAAUUUCACAUAUUCAUUAUUAUUUCUCAGCUUGGAUUUUAACAUAUUUAAAUAAUGGCUACACAGUGCAUUUUUCAUCUUGUCUUAGGUGUUGAUGUGUAUGACACAUACUAAGUCUGUCUCCUGUCUUGGUCAAUGAAUCAAAUUAGUUAUUUGGGAGGAUUUUUUUUUCCAGUUUGCUUUGUGCUUUGUUCUGUGAAUUAUGGAACUGGUAAUGCUUGUACCUAAAUGAAAACCAGUGCAGAUGAACAACAAUGCUACUUAAUGAAUUCUUGCUCAGUUGCCAGGAGGGUAAAUUCAUUGGUCUGGUAAUAUGUACAUACUACUCUUCCUAUUGGCUUUUAAAGAAGGACAGGGGAUAGAGAUUUCAUUUUUCAUAAUAUGAGCUAAAUAAUAGAAACCAAACCAUACAACUCUUAUGAUUAUGAACUACCCAGAUAGAGGUAUUUAAUGAAUGGCAUCAAUGAGGCGUGGAAGUGAUUUUUGGGUGGUAUCUUGAAUUGAUUUUUUAAAAAUCUGCCUGUGUUUAUUACUCCCAUGAACAUCAUGUACAAUUUAUAUAUAAACUAAAUAAAUAUUUGCCUCUGAUCUCCAA